AUGGCUGUCCUCGACAUACUGCCUGGCGUCGAGGUUGCGGUCACCGUCAAUGGACUUCCACUCAAAGAGUACACCGACCAUGAUCAAGAGGAGCCAACAAACACCGUCACUCGUUACAUUGAGGCUGUUUCUGGCACUGAAUUCGCGAUCAAUUUCAAGGCCGCCCAGUCUACAGUGUUCAAGGGCGACUGUUUGACCGCGAAAGUCUUCAUGGAUGGCCAUAAAGUAUCGAGUACAUUGCUGAAGCAGUCGCGAUGCUGCAAAAGAGGUGCCUCCGGGCGCAUCGAUUACACACGCAUCUCAGCAGACAAGUGCAGGAAGUUCAAGUUCUCCAGCUUGGAGACCACUGAUAAAUACGAUACAACGGAUAGCAAAGAUCUCAAGGUCAAAGACCUGGGAGUCAUUGCAGUUGAGAUGCAUCACAAAUGGGAAGGCGAGAAGCGAAGGCCGACGGUGAGAGAAGUCGACCUCACAGGUCCUGGCGUGAUCCCCGAGAAGGCGCUCAAAGGUCAAGCUUUAUCGCACAGCAUCAGUUUUGGCGUUGAACAAGAGGUCCCGAAGCGAACAUACAGGAGUACCAUACAUACGUCGACCCACGUCGGCGACCCGCUGCAGUCUUUGUCUUCCGGUAUCGCUCUCUGGGUAAGUCAAGCUCUGAAGUCGAUGCUUAUCAUUCCUCGUACUCCGAGCCCUCAGCCAGAGGAGCCUCUAACAGAGCGUGAUCCCAACGACCUCACUUUUGAGGAGCAGGGAGAGGUGAUCAGGCGAUUGCAGGCAAGACUUACAGCCGCGGAGGACUCGCAGAAGAGCUUGAAGCGCGAGCAGGUAGACGACGACGACCCGCGUCCGCGGAAAGCUGCUCGUGUCGAAGCCGAGCACGUGCUGCUAGUGCUCGAUGACGACGGCAGCUUCCGGGAAUCUUUUACUGCAUCGCCGGGUGACGUAAAGCAGGAGGUUGCUGGCGAUGGUCAGGAUCAAAGCCUGCGGUCGUCCUCAGCCGCGCCCAGCCGCCGCUUUGUAAAGCAAGAGGUCAUUGAGCUUGACUGA